UUCUUCUUUUUUUCCUUUACUUCCACUUGAUUCCAGAAGCUCUUCGGCUCUCUCAUUUUCUUUUUUUCUUUUUUUUUUUCUUUUCCUACUUGAUUCCAUAAAUUCUCUAGCUCUCUCUGUGAUACUUGAUUCCAUAAUCUUGCUUGCUUUUUUGGUGUCAUUAUCUUCAAAGUUCAAACACACACAGACACAGACAUGCAUGGAGAGAGGAGAAAUUGUCUUUGCUCCACCACACCACCACCGCUGCUCCUCCUCCUCACUGCGGAGUGCAUGCAAUCAGGGGUCAUAUCGGCUUCUUUUUUUUUUUUCUUGAUCAUUUAUUGUUGUUCUGAUUUUUUUUUUCCUGUUCUUGAUCUGCUGCUGUUGUUGUUUUGAUUUUAGAUUUGUUGUUUAAAUUAUAUCAGUUUUAUGAGAGCAAGAAUUUUUUUGCUUUUAUUGUUGUGGUUUGAUUAAUUUUAAAAUUAUGUUUUUGAGUUUGUAUUUUGAUUAUGCUUGAGAUGGGAGGCGUGAGAGGAGCUUCGUGCAAAGGGAGAGCAAAGAGAUCAAAUGAGGGGCGUGAGGCUUCAAGCGUGAGAGAAGAAUUGUUAUGGGUAUUUUCGUAAUUCAUCAUCAUCCCAACGGUAACAGUAUGCGCGUUUUGAUUUAUGGACCUCAGGAGGUCUAUAAAUUUUGCGCGUUUUGGACACGAUUUUUGCCUGAGCCCAAAACGCAACUUUUAUCAAAAAGUUGCGUUUUGGGCUGAGCCAAACGCAAUUUUUCUUCAGCUUUUUCUAAUAUGCACGUUUUCAGCUCCUAAAAGUGCAAACAAACGCACACUUACAAGUAAAUUAGCACGUAUUAAAUAUACACGUAUAAGUAAAGUCCUACGUUGAAUAAGAAUGACAAGAGAUAAUUGUUAAUGUAAUAUAGCUAGAUCUGAACUUAUAGACUAAGUCUUUUGCACAUGGAAUUAAGCAACACAAAAAGGGGACUUAACAGUUUUAAUGAUCCAUUUGGAGUUGCAACAUUGAUUAGUGAAGUAAAUAACAAUAUAAUACAUUUUAGAAUGGAGACUUCUCUAGGUGGACCCAGAUUAAUUAGAUAUUACUAUUGGUUAGGGGCCACGUGCUAAGUGCAUCAAAAUUGUUGAUUAACACUUCUAUCUUUGGUUGCUUGCAUGGAUCCCUAUGCAUUUGCCACUAGCUAGCUAUAUUAAUUUUAGGCAAACAAACUACCUUAAAAAAAUGAGAUUUUUUUUAUGAUUAUUUUUGGCGAGGUUAGGAUAUAAUAUAUGUUUAUACAUUCCAAACAAACGAAAGUACAAGUUCCCGUUUUACCUUUCCAUAAAUAAAAAAAUAAAAAAAGGGUUCCCGUUUUACCUUUAAUCAACGUGGUCAUAAAGUUUGCCUAAAUUCUAAAUUAAUGGCUUUAUUUUCUAUUUCUCAAUCUAAGCUGCGUCUACUAAGUCCAGAAAUAACUACAGGUACUGAUGUGGUUUUUUCUAUAGUUUUGCACUCAGUUAUUCUGCUUAUAUUAUUGAAUUGAAAUCCAAGCAUUGAAAAAAGAAGAAAAAAAAAAAAAAACUACAUGUGUUAACAUCAAGAUCAAGAAGUCUUAGUAAGAAUGUCGCCAUGCAUGAUGCUAAGUAAUAGGUUUAUUAUUAUAUCUUUAAGUGUUUCUUAAGCUUCUAAGAUGUUUCUUCGAUAUACCGGUCCUGGUAUAUCCUAGCUGUUUUAAUAAUUAUAGUUAUUUAUACAUUCGAGAGAUCUAAGAAUCUCUAAAUGGGAAUGGUAUUUUUGGAACUAUUCCCACUUCCACUAGUGAAAUGUAAUGACCAUACUAUAAAAAGAGUGAAGGAGCUUUGUAUAGUAAGUAAUCCAGACAUAUAGGACAUACUGCUUUGGGUAAGAUGUCCUUUCCUCUUUCUCCUUCAUCUCCCUCUUCUUCUUCUUCUUCUUCUUUUUAUUUUUUAACUUUUUACACUUCCCACCUCAAAUGAUGACUAUGGAUGUUCUCUUGCUUAAAAUCAUUCUUUUACAAACAAACAUAGCAUUGGUUGAGGUUACUCUUAAGAUACUUUUUCUGUUCAAUAUGCUUAGUUUAGCGUAAGUGUGCAUUUGGAUUGGGAUGGAAAAUUAAAAUUAUUUUACUAUUUAGCUUAUUUUUGCUAUUAUUUAUGGACUCUACUGCACUUUUUGGUAUUAUUCAUGAACCCUACUGUACAAUUUUAACUAACUUUUACAUUUAUCUACAUUACUUUCAACAAUAAGUUUUCAGUUUCAGAAAAAUAAACGGUAUUCAAACACACCAUAAAUUACACUUUCUAUCUUCUUUCUUUAGAAAAUUUUCUCCAUUUAGAAUAGUUAAAUGCACUCUGCAUAAAUAUAAGCUUUAUGUUUGAUGCCUUGUCUUAAACUUUAUUUUUCUGCUUUUUAGCAACUUGAGGUGGGCCUUUGAACCUUCAAUGGAUCCUCACUUUGAUUUUUGCAGUUCUUAAAACUAGAUGAACAACUUGUAUAUUUGUCUAGUCUUUCAAUUUAAAGACGUCUAUUAACUUGAAAAUCUUAUUAUUGUUUGGCUCUAAUGUUAAGAAAUCAAGUUCCCAAAAACAAAAUUUAAUUAGGAAAUUUUAGCUUCGCUAAUGAUUCAUAAUUGAAAAUAAAAGAAAAGGGUUCCUUAAAAAUAUUACAAAUGGCUUAAUAUUAUUCUUUUCUUGCACUGGUAGGUGGUAGCAUAUAUAUAUACAGAAGUUGAGUUACAUGGAUUCACGAGGAGCACUUAGACCAAAAAGAGUCUCCUUUGGAAAUGAGCACCAAUCACCAUCUUACGCAAAAGGGAAGUUGGAACCUUGGACAAGAGCACAAAAAUGCUUAGUGACUAAUGAAAAGCCAUAUUGGUCUUCUUUCGGCCAAUCUUUGGAGAUUCCACAUAACCCUAUCCCUCCCAUGGAGUUCCUUUGUCGCUCAUGGAGCCCAUCCUCCUCUAACUUCCUGCAGAUAUUUUCAUCAAGUAAUCUGUUAAUGCAUUCACACGAGAACUGUAGUUUAGGGGAGCAUGAGGUGAAGCUACAUGAUAAUCUUACCUCAGGUGAGCAUGAAGAAGAAAAGAUGGAGGAAACCAAAGGGCAUGCAUCCCUAAGCAAUAGAAGUACUAGUUCCAGCAAGGUGGAUAACAUCUGGAAAUGGAUUACACUUGACAAGUCUGUUCAACCUGUUGUUCAAACUCGCAAGUCCUUUAUUACUAGCUUAUUUAGACGUAGAGUAAAGACCAAAGAGGAAGAUAGACUUCGUACCGCCAAUGUUCAUGCUGCUCUUUCUGUGACACGCUUGGCUGCUGCAAUUGCUGGCUUUGCUGCCAACAGCACCAAAGACAAAGAAGAAGCAAAUAAAGAUGUCAAGCAUAUUUCUAGUGAAGGCAAAGUAGAUUGGGAUCAGAAUAUGAGCAACAUUGUUGCUUCAGCUGCAGCUCUAAUAGCCACAAUAUGUGCUGAAUCUGCAGAGUCAAUAGGUGCAAACAGAGGUCAUGUGGCUUCUGCCGUCAACUCAGGCCUUGCCACUCAAACCCCAGCUGACAUGAUGACACUAACAGCCACUGCUGCAACAUGUGGCAUGAGAGGAGCUGCAAUGCUCAAGUCAAGAGCUAUGGAAUAUGACAAUUUAGCAAGGAAACUACUUGAAGUCGAGGCUCAGCUGCCAGUAGUCACACCUUCUGGGCAUAAAAGACACAGGCGGAUCUCCAUCUAUUCAAAGCAUAAACAGCUUAUUUUGAACCUUGAAAAGAAGUAUCUGGGAGUUCUAACAACAUCAAAGAAGUACAAGAUUAUUCAUGUGAAGGAGGAGGAAGCUCAUGGAAACUUCUCCAUCAGCCUGAAAAGUAACUGUGGUGAUAUCAAGCUCUGGUUUGAAGACAAAAAUCAAUCAUUACUCUGGAUAUCAGUGAUUUCUAAUCUCUUACAGAUGCACAACUCUUGUUGAGAUAUGUAAAUUACUAAGUUUUAACAAUCAAAUUCAUCAGGUCAUCUGCUAGUUUAUCUGUAUAAUGAUCUGCUUGAUAUUGACUGAUGGAAAAAGUGUACAAUUUGGCUGAAAGCUCUUUGACAUUUGAUGCAAACGACAAGGUUAUGGGGUACUGUAAAGAAAUGACUAAUGAUAAAUAUGUAAGUCACUAAAGUUCUUCUAUAAAGUCUCCAUUAACUGA